CUGCCUGUCUAGCCAUUAUAGGACCCAACUCACAUGUCAAUGCGUGCAAUUUGUAUGUAACUUUUGGUUCUUUACGAAGUGUUUUUGAACACUUUAGAGUUGUACAUUACAUUGAAUGUUGUUACUAGAACGUUGUCAACAAUGAGUUCUCAAAUCACUUGUGUUGGAUGGGUGAAGCGUGGCGUUUCGAAGGAAACACCAGAUAAGGUGGAGUUGAGCAAAGAAGAAUUGCAACACAUUAUAGCAGAGGCAAAAGAACAAUUGGGUGAACGCGUAGGUGAAGAGGAGGAUGAGGAGGAUGAAGGCAUGGCCAGCGGGCAGGAACAGAGUGACGAGGCAGAAGCUGUUCAGGGACAGGAGCCAGAGCAAGAUGAAAAUGAAGCAGGAAGGGAGGAAGCUGAUGAACUAGCAAAGUAUGGUUUGGAUAGAUAUGAUGAGGAAGACUCGGGUAAAUAUAGUUUCUGCAUCUGCUCUCAGAUUAUGUCUGAUCUUAAAUUCAUGGGUUAUCUCUCUCUGUUAAUAUGCCAAGAGGACUGUGUUAAUCACUGUUUUGUUUUUUCCCCAAAUAACUCUCUUACUGUUCCAUCUUUUUUUUCUGGCACAGUGACUGCCAACCUUGGUGACAGCCUUGCCGGCCUCACAGUGUUCAGCACCAAUGAGGAGGAUCCUUACAUUACCAUCAAAGACACAGAUCAGUAUGAGCGAGAGGACUUUCAAAUCAAGCCCAAUGAUAACCUCAUCAUUUCAGGCAGAGCAGAGAAGGACUGCUGCAACCUGGAGAUUCACGUAUACAACGCCGAGGAGGAAUCCCUCUAUGUUCACCAUGACAUACUCCUGCCAGCCUAUCCAUUGUGUGUGGAGUGGCUUAACUUUGACCCUAGUCCAGAAGGCACAGGCAAUUAUGCGGCUGUAGGCAACAUGACACCGCAGAUCGACGUGUGGGACCUGGAUGUGGUGGACUGCCUAGAGCCUGCCUUCACCCUGGGGAGCAAGAAGGCCUCCAAGAAGAAAAAGAAAAGCAAAAAGACUGCAGCAGAGCCAGUGGAAGGUCAUACAGACGCUGUACUGGACUUAUCCUGGAACAAACUGGUCCCCAACGUCUUGGCCAGUGGGUCAGCCGACGAAACCGUGAUCCUGUGGGAUCUGGCACAGGGUAAGCCGGCAACAACACUGCGCAGACACACUGACAAGGUUCAGACGUUGAUGUUCCACCCCUUUGAAGCUCAGACCCUGAUAUCAGGAUCAUACGAUAAGUCGGCAAUCCUGUAUGACUGCCGCAGCCCGGACAGCAGCCAUCGCACUUGGAGGUUUAGCGGGCAGGUGGAAAGGGUCGCCUGGAACCACUUCUCGCCCUGCAACUUCCUGGCGAGCACAGAGGACGGCUUUAUUUACUGUCUGGACGCACGCUCGGACAAGCCAGUGUUUACGCUAAGGGCACAUGACGGAGAGGUGUCAGGCUUGGACCUUAGCAGCCAGAUCCGGGGAUGCUUGGUCACCUCGUCAGCAGACAAACACGUCAAGAUUUGGGACAUCUUGGGGAACAAGCCCAAUCUAGUUCACACCCGGGACAUGAAAAUGGGGGUGCUGUUCUGUGCAGCGUGCUGUCCUGACAUGCCCUUUGUAUAUGCCUUUGGGGGACAGAGGGAUGGCCUGCGGGUUUGGGACAUAAGUGAUGUGGCAGCAGUCGCUGAGGUGUUUGGCAAUCGGGAGCGGUUGGUGGCAACCACAGCGCCUGAGGCAUCCAGCAGCACUUCCUCCACAGCAGAUAUGGAGCUUUCCUAGUGAGCCACUCUGGACCAACUUCCAAUCAACAGAGCGGUACCUUGGACUUACACAGAGAGAUCCACAUAGCCAAAGACUUUGUCAACCUGGGACCAAGAAGGCACUUAAAAAACAUUGCCAGAGCUGUGGAUGGACUUUCUCUCUUCAAACUUUUCUUUUAAAACAGAUCUCCUAAUAGUUCAGUGCCACAUAAAUAUUUGUUUUGUGAGCUAAAAUGUCUUUGCAACAAGGAAGGUCAAUAUUUAUCUGAAUGUAUAUGGCAAAAUAAUUCAAUAGAUAUUUGUUUUUGACUAACAAUCAAUGAAAUAACUAUUGAAAUGUGAUUUUGAAUGCACAGGUAUCUGGUUUAGUGUCAUAGAUGAUUAUUUGUGUAGGACUUUGCUAAUCUUGGCCUGAAAUUUGCUAAUCUUGGCCUUCCCUCCCCGAAUAAACGAUGCGUUAUGUCAGUGACAUUUCUGCAUUGGUUAAAUUAGAAA